GAAGUAAUGCGAGGAUUCGGGCUGAUUCAUUGUCGCCCGUCGGUCUAAUUUGGUAGCGAACGGAAUAACUGGCUAUUUUAACAAUUUGACGCAUUUUAACCACAGAGAUACAGAUAUGGACCGGUUGCUGAGGCUUGGAGGCGGAAUGCCUGGUCUUGGUCAGGGCCCACCCACUGAUGCCCCUGCCGUGGACACAGCAGAACAGGUGUACAUUUCCUCUUUGGCUCUGCUCAAGAUGCUGAAACAUGGGCGAGCUGGUGUACCAAUGGAGGUCAUGGGAUUGAUGCUGGGAGAAUUUGUUGAUGACUACACAGUGCGAGUUAUUGAUGUGUUUGCCAUGCCCCAGUCAGGAACUGGUGUCAGUGUUGAGGCAGUCGACCCUGUGUUCCAGGCCAAGAUGUUGGACAUGCUGAAGCAGACGGGCAGGCCGGAAAUGGUGGUAGGGUGGUACCACAGUCACCCUGGCUUUGGCUGUUGGCUGUCUGGGGUGGAUAUCAACACACAGCAGAGCUUUGAGGCCCUGUCAGAGCGAGCUGUGGCCGUUGUGGUCGAUCCCAUCCAGAGCGUCAAAGGAAAGGUUGUAAUUGAUGCCUUCAGAUUGAUCAAUGCCAACAUGAUGGUGUUGGGCCAUGAACCAAGACAAACCACAUCAAACCUGGGUCAUCUGAACAAACCCUCUAUUCAGGCUCUGAUUCAUGGACUGAACAGACACUACUACUCAAUUACCAUCAAUUACAGGAAAAAUGAGCUUGAGCAGAAGAUGCUGUUGAACUUGCAUAAGAAAAGCUGGAUGGAGGGCUUGACCCUGCAGGACUACAGUGAGCACUGCAAGCUCAAUGAGACUAUUGUCAAGGAAAUGCUGGAACUGGCGAAGAAUUACAAUAAGGCUGUAGAAGAGGAGGACAAAAUGACCCCAGAGCAGUUGGCCAUCAAGAAUGUUGGAAAACAGGAUCCGAAGAGGCACUUGGAGGAGCAUGUAGACGUUCUGAUGACGUCCAACAUCGUCCAGUGCCUAGCUGCUAUGUUGGAUACAGUAGUUUUUCAGUGAGGGUCUUAUGUGUAUACCUGUUAAUAUUGCAACACCUGGUUCAUUUUAUAUAAAAUAAAUGUGUGUAUUAUUUGAUGA